AUGUGCACUGUAGGAAUCAUCCGCUUCAUUAGCCCCGGGGUCGACACCGACAGCACGUGCAGCCGCCAGCACUAUGCUGUCGGUAACGCGUGCUACGGCACGACUAUCGUCCCCCAAACAACUCUUCACCCUCCUCUACCUCCACCUCCCCUUCCGACAAGGCAUCCACUUCUCGAGACCCCCUGCGGUCCCAAUCCUCACCCUUGCUGCACCCCACCUAUACAUCCCCUCCUCAAGCCCACAUCACUGCAUCCCCUCCCGUCUACCAACAUCACUGCUCCUACCCACCAACAUCACUGUUCCUAUCCACACCCACAUCACUGCUCUUACCCACCCACAUCACUGUUCUUACCCACCCACAUAACUGUUCCUACCCACACACACAUCACUGCUCCUACCCACCUACAUCACUGUUCCUAUCCACACACACAUCACUGCUCCUACCCGACCUCAUCACUGCUCCUACCCACCCACAUCACUGCUCCUACCCACCCACAUCACUGCUCCUACCCACCCUCAUCACUGCUCCUACCCACCCACAUCACUGCUCCUACCCACCCUCAUCACUGCUCCUACCCGACCUCAUCACUGCUCCUACCCGACCUCAUCACUGCUCCUACCCACCCACAUCACUGCUCCUACCCACCCACAUCACUGCUCCUACCCACCCUCAUCACUGCUCCUACCCACCCUCAUCACUGCUCCUACCCACCCACAUCACUCCUCCUACCCACCCUCAUCACUGCUCCUACCCGACCUCAUCACUGCUCCUACCCGACCUCAUCACUGCUCCUACCCGACCUCAUCACUGCUCCUACCCACCUACAUCACUGUUCCUAUCCACACACACAUCACUGCUCCUACCCACCCUCAUCACUGCUCCUACCCACCCUCAUCACUGCUCCUACCCGACCUCAUCACUGCUCCUACCCACCCACAUCACUGCUCCUACCCACCCACAUCACUGCUCCUACCCACCCUCAUCACUGCUCCUACCCACCCUCAUCACUCCUCCUACCCACCCUCAUCACUGCUCCUACCCACCCUCAUCACUGCUCCUACCUACCCACAUCACUGCUCCUACCCACCCUCAUCACUGCUCCUACCCGACCUCAUCACUGCUCCUACCCGACCUCAUCACUGCUCCUACCCGACCUCAUCACUGCUCCUACCCACCUACAUCACUGCUCCUACCCACCUACAUCACUGCUCCUACCCACCUACAUCACUCCUCCUACCCACCCUCAUCACUGCUCCUACCCACCUACAUCACUGCUCCUACCCACACACAUCACUCCUCCUACCCACCCACAUCACUGCUCCUUCCCACCCACAUCACUGCUCCUACCCACACACAUCACUGCUCCUACCCACCUACAUCACUGCUCCUACCCACCUACAUCACUGCUCCUACCCACCUACAUCACUGCUCCUACCCACCCACAUCACUGCUCCUACCCACACACAUCACUGCUCCUUCCCACCCACAUCACUGCUCCUACCCACACACAUCACUGCUCCUACCCACCUACAUCACUGCUCCUACCCACACACAUCACUGCUCCUACCCACACACAUCACUUCUCCUACCCACCUACAUCACUGCUCCUACCCACACACAUCACUGCUCCUACCCACCUACAUCACUGCUCCUACCCACACACAUCACUGCUCCUACCCACACACAUCACUUCUCCUACCCACCUACAUCACUGCUCCUACCCACACACAUCACUUCUCCUACCCACCUACAUCACUGCUCCUACCCACACACAUCACUGCUCCUUCCCACCUACAUCACUGCUCCAACCAACACACAUCCACUCUUGCAUCCCCUCCCCUCUUGCAUCCCCUCUCCUUCUCGCAUCCACUCCCCUCUCGCAUCCCCUCCCCUUCUCGCAUCCCUCCCCUUCUCGCAUCCCUCCCCCUCUUGCAUCCCCUCCCCUUCUCACAUCCCCUCCCCUUUCGCAUCCCCUCCCCUUCUCGCAUCCCCUCCUCUCUUGCAUACCCUCCCCUCUUUCAUCCCCUCCGCUCUUACAUCCCCUCCCAUUCUCGCACCCAGCCCCCUGGUAUCUCCCCCCUUCUCUCAUCACCUCCCCUCUCCCACCCCCUCCCCUCUCGCAUCACCUCCCUUCUUGCAUCCCCUCCCCCUCUUGCAUCCCCUCCCCUCUUUCAUCAUCUUCCUCUGCCAUCUUGGGCCCUCUUGCGCCCAUCCCCUCUUCCACCCCCUCCCCUCCCCUCCCCACAUGCAUCCCCUACCCACUUGGGCCCUCUUGCGCCCCACCCCCUCUUCCAUCCCCUCCCCUCUUACAUCCCCUCCCCUCUGCCACCCCCUCCCCACAUGCAUCCCCUACCCUCUUGGGCCCUCUUGCCUCUUUCCUCUUCCACCACCACCACCCUACUUCGACCCCCUCCCCUCUGCAUCCUCUUUUGUAUCCCAUUUCAUCCCCUUUCCUAACGGUUAUCGCAAGAUGCCGUGGAAGCGAGUCGGAAAGGAAAUGGCUUCCCUCGGAUGACCGAGAAGAUAAGUGA